UCUCCAGUUGCUCGCUCACGUCCUUGGACUGUUUUGGACUGUUGCAACCCGGAUGCCCUCGAAAUCGGCAUGAGGUGACAAGCACCAUGAACUCACCAUUCCCCAAAUCCUCCUCUGCCGAUGGCAAGGGAUGCAUCGUCGUCCGACGCCUCCCCUCAGGCGUUUCAGGGCUUGAGACUUUUGAAUACCAGUACCCGCUCAAGCUCGUCACCCCAAAGCGGCCCCCCCAGACCAGCGCUCUGGUUUACUUGCUCUCGUACGGGGGCGGUUUGGUGGGGGGUGACCAAGUCAACCUGACCAUCGAGGUCAAGACCGGUGCCAGGCUGAGUUUGGCCACGCAGGGGCACACCAAGAUCUUCAAGUCGGCAAGCCCGGACAUUGUCACUCGCCAGACAAUGCGCGUCAAUAUUGCUACCAACGCCGCUAUCUGCCUCCUCCCGGAUCCGGUUCAGCCUUUUGCACACAGCGUCUACGAGCAGAUCCAGAUCUUCAGGCUGGCACACAACGCAUCGCUAUGCCUUUUGGACUGGGUCACCGAGGGGCGAACUGCCCUUGGGGAGCACUGGAGUUUCGUCAAAUGGGUGGGCCGCAACGAGGUCUGGAGGAUGGCCGACGACCAGGCCACUCAAGACCGGUUGCUCGUGAGAGACGUUGCGAUCCUCGAUAGCAAGAGCGUCCACCCCCAUCUCCCGGCCCUGCGCGAGUCGAUGAACGGGCUUAGCAUAUUCGGGACUCUCAUUUUGCGGGGCCCUCUGAUGAAGUCGGUUGGGGAGUUCUUCCUAGCUGAAUUCGGUGCUCUCCCCCGGCUCGGGGCUCGGGACUGGCGGAAUGACGACGCAAAGGACUCGAAGGAGUCGGAUGAUCGUUUAUCACCCCUCGAUAAGUGGCGGGCAGAGAGGCUUCAGGGGGAGAAAGACAGCAAAGUGCUUUGGUCUGCGGCCAGUGUCAGGGGAUGUGUCGUGGUCAAGUUCGGUGCUCCCACCGUCGAGGCUGGCCGGCUCUGGAUCGGAUCCAUGUUGACUCAAGAAGGCAGCAUCGCACACAACUUUGGCGAGCAGGCGCUGAUGUGUCUGAGAUGGUAACCCCCUUCCCCUUGACUACCUAGGCGAGACACUCUGUGAUCGCUCUGCCAAGCCCAGGUGCCUGAUGGGGGCUCCAGGGACCAAACAGCAGACAUGCAAACUGCCUGGUGAAGAUAUCUAACCGAGACCCAGCACAGUCAUCCAUUAAUAUCACGGAUUUUCUUCAAUAUACAUUUUCUAGAAAGACUAUUCAUCCUUUUACCCUCC